AUGCACUUCAACACCGCCGCACCGCCGGAGACCAUGAAGUAUCGGUCGCAACCCGCACAUGACUCACCAGCGAACGGUACCGCUGUUGUAGACGAGAAUGAGAAGCCCGUCUUCUUUUUCGAUAUUGACAAUUGUCUUUAUCCAAAGAGUCUUGAAAUCCACCGUAUGAUGAGCGAACUGAUAGAUAAAUUCUUCCAAGACCACCUGAGUCUAUCACAACAAGACGCCAAUGAACUGCACUUCCGAUACUACCGAGAGUACGGUCUUGCAAUUGAAGGACUCGUGCGCCACCACAAGGUUGACGCACUAGAGUACAACAGCAAAGUCGAUGAUGCGUUACCUUUAGAAGACGUCAUCAAGCCUAACCCGGAACUACGCAAGCUGAUCGAAGACAUUGACACCAGCAAAGUCCGCUUGUGGCUAUUUACUAACGCUUACAUCAACCACGGCAAGCGCGUUGUCAAGUUGCUACAAAUCGACGAUCUAUUCGAAGGAAUUACCUACUGCGAUUACGGCUCGGAAAAGUUCUACUGCAAACCACAUGCCGAGAUGUUCGAAAAGGCUAUGGCUGAGGCGGGCAUCAAGUCGAAUGAAAAAUGCUACUUUGUUGACGACUCGUACAUCAACUGCAAAGCGGCUCAGGAACGAGGAUGGAAAACAGCACACUUGCUGGACGAAAAGGAUCCAGCGCCCGAAGUACCCGCCAGCAAGUACCAGAUCCGCAGUUUACAGGAAUUGCGCAAGAUUUUCCCCGAGGUAUUCAAGAGCUCGUAG